GAGGUCACUGCAGCGCCUCGGUGAAAUUAGCUUGAGUAGCAGCGACUGCAGCACGGCUAAGCUCGGAUAUUUUCGCCUUGUUUAUGCGCACAGACGGUUAAAUUAAACGUUAUUAAAAAUGGCUGGAAGUGCAGGAGAGUGGUGUCUGAUGGAAAGUGACCCCGGCGUGUUCACGGAGCUGAUUAAAGGCUUCGGUGAGUCACUGUUUGGCUAGCUUUGUGAUGCUGCAGCGUAACGUGGCUAUUAGAUCGUGCUAGCAUGCAGGGUACCAGAAAGCGAAUCUUAUCUUCUACCUUUUUACAGAAAAGCUACAGCAAGAAAGAGGAGGGAUGUCGAAAUAAUAGCAGCAAAAUAGAAUAUGAGAUUUGCAUUAAUAAUAGCCAUGAAAACGGUAAACACUGUAAGAAGAGAGUGAGGUAAUUAGGUAAGCUAACUAGCUAGCAUUAGUCAGCGUUCAAAACAACAGCGCGUGAAGUCAAAGGCUCGUGAGGGAUUGAUAACAGCUGAUCAGUUUAUCUGCAAUAAUAAAGUGAUGUUAUUGGUUAUGUCCGUGUAUUUUUAUAAAUGUAACCCACCGUAGUUGUUCUUAAUGUUAAAUCUGUGAACUCUGUUUUUGUGUUUUUCAGGUUGUAAAGGUGCUCAGGUUGAAGAGAUCUGGAGUAUGGAGCCGGAGAACUUUGAUAACUUGAAGUAUGUUCACACAUGCAGCUCAGUCCACACUAUCAUCAGUUAUAACAUCAUGACCACCUGACAGGUAUUGUGUGGAAUCAGGGUCCUGGAGGGUGAGAGGUGGAGGGGCCUCAGAUGCUCAGUUGGACAGAGAUAUGAGGAACCUGGAGACCAAGUCAGCACAUUGAGCUUGUUGUUAUACUCCAGGUUAGGGCUGGGCAAUAAAACGAUAAUGAUAUAUAUAUAUCUAAAGUUAAUUUCCCUCUAUAUCAAUAUAAAACAUGGUCCGUAUCCUUUUCAAUAGUCGUCAUUCUGCCAUGUUUUGGUAGACUACACGAAUAGCCAAUGAAAAGGAGAGUUGCCUCACGUCUGCUUUGCGCUGAACUAAUCAUGUGCUGAAUUAGAACCAAGUAGCAAACAACUGCAGGCUGCAGUGACACGCAACCGUAGCACUUAAACAGGUGAAGCUGACAGCACUGCACUCAGUCUGACACCUUUCUAUCAGAACCAGCAACAACUGUACAGCAGUUUGAGGUCCAGUAGCUCACUCUUAGAUCAGACCACCUACUACCCUCACAUGUCAACAAUUCUUACUCACUUAUGACCCAGUAACAGUUUCCCUCCAAGACUACAUUUCCUGGGUUCCAACCACUCUAGACGGGGAACAUCUCUAAAGAACAGCAGCUGCUCAGACCCAGUCUUUCAGUCUUUCAUUCAUCAUGAUUCGGUCCUUUUUUAAAGACGAUCACAUCUCUCUGUUUAUUAAUCUGCUCAAAAGGUCUGCAUCUCCUCCAAUGUCUGAUUCCUUAUAACCUCUGUUGUUUUUCUAAUUUAUUUUUAUAUAUUUAAUAGUCAUCCUGAAAUGUAAUAAGUUGUUUUUUCUCACUUUCUUUAUUUUCUUUUGUUGCUUUAAUUUAUAUUUUUAAUUUAUUCUUCUCAUCGCUUAAACUGCCUUUCAAGACUUGCCUCUAUUUCUCUUGCUUGCAUUUAUUCUUGUUGACCUUUUGUUCUAGCCUCAUCUUUUUUUUCCAGAGAAAUAGUUUUUUAUAUUAAGACAGACAGUUAUCUUAUAUCUGUGUUAUCUCUGUGUUUCCUUGCAGACCGGUUCAUGGGUUGAUUUUCCUCUUCAAGUGGCAGCCUGGUGAAGAGCCAGCAGGAUCAAUUGUCCAGGAUUCAAGGCUGGACCAUAUCUUUUUUGCAAAGCAGGUAUGUUUUUAGGAAAAAAUAAACACAAAACAUUUAAUAUUACAGUGCAAAACCACUGAAAUGAACCCUCUGUCUGCUUCUGCAAAUUCUUCUGGUGAAUGUGACCAAAAGAUUAGCUUCUGUUACAUGUUCUCUUGUGACAAUAUCAAACUAUAUUUAAUUGUGUUCAGUUUUUAUGUAAUUAAACAGUCCAUAACUUCUCACGGUGGAGGUGCUAUUACUGCGGCGGCGUCAGCAUCUGCUGCUGCCUGCCGACUGUGACAGCAAUUUGGAUCGCCGGAUAAAAAAUGUAAAACAGCUUUGAGUGCUCUGCUGUGAUCAGGUGGAUCCAGAUGCCGCUGACGUUCACUUGUCCAAUAGAUGUCGUCUUUUUGGACUCCUCUUGUAUUAAAGUGGUAAAAAUUCAGAUGACAACCAGCCGGCUUUUUGGCUGAUAAAUCCAAAGGGAGUGAAAUCCAAAAAACAAGAUUCGGCAUGUUUGUUUCCAGUUCAACUUGAAUUAAAAGUUUUCUAUUUGGUGCGUCAGAUUCUGUCAUCACUGAUCAGAACAAUUAAAAAGCACGUGUGGUAUUCAGAGACAUUAUCUCAUGGUGCAGAGCUGCUCAGCCAAAUUAGAUCGUGAAUUGAAUAAUGAACGGUUUUACCUCCUAACUGUGGGCUCAUUACAUUAGCACACGGCUCACACCAGCUUCUCCUCACCCUCACAAAGAGCUCGGCGUCUCUUUGUGUUUAAAAUUUAAACACAGCUUUUGGUGUAUUAAAAAAUAGAUAACUGUUUCUUUUUAUUCAUUAAAUUUCAUUUUUAACAAAAACCAGACGGUUCAUUAGUUUUUAAAACAAAGUUCAAGGCUCUGGCUUUGAGUUUCACUCACACUUAGUCCAGAGUAUUUUCUUUUUAGGCGUUUGUUCGACUGAAAAAGCCUCUUAUUUAUUUGAUCAUAUGAACAUAUUUGAUCUCACUUAGAAUUUAUCCAUCUUCAUCCUUAAGUUGGAUUUUCACUGUUAAAGUCUCUUACUCUUCAAACAUGGGGCAAAAGCACUAUGUCCAUGUUUUAAUUUUUAACCUGAUUAUUCCACGAGCAGCGUUAUGCAUCCAUAAAAGGUUUUGUUAUGUGGCCCUGAUCAUUCAUGGUUGUUUUAUUUUUUUCCUCUUGUGUUUUCAGGUCAUUAAUAACGCCUGUGCCACCCAGGCGAUAGUCAGCGUUCUUCUCAACUGCUCCCAUUCGGACAUGCUCCUGGGCGACACACUGACAGAGUUCAGAGAGUUCUCACAGAGUUUCGAUGCUGCUGUAAGUUCCUGAUUUUUCCCUGGAAUCCCAAGAAUUUCAGCUUUGGCCCGUUUCUUUUACAGUCAUGUGCGUUUGCUCAGGAUUUAACUCGCUGAUUAAUUUUUUUGUUUCCAUACAUGUCGUGCCAAAAAAAUGGAAGUCCCUUUCUCUGAAGUGACGCUAGUAUUUUUCCUCCGAACUGAAAUGAGUGAUGAAUUAUUCAGUACUUUGGCUAAAAAUAGUGCGGGAGCUGCUCCCCUUCUGCGAGCGGUAAUUUAUUACGCCCUUAGCUCGAGUAAUUUUCUUUUUCCAUCUUUAACUCGGACAGUUUUUUCUCCGUACCUUCAUGAUGACUCAGAUCUCUGCCCCAAAAAUACUCCAAGGAACCAGACUGGACUGACUUCAUGAUUCCCGCCUCCUUUUUUAACAAACAGAGAGAGACUUUAUUUACCUUUCUAGAGUUCGUUUAGAAAUUCAGUGUAUUUAAAAGUCUGUAACUCUUAUCAAGAGAGAGUUAUAGUCAAGUCACGAGUUGUUACCUGAAAAGGAAAUGUAUAUUUUGUACCACACGCCCUCUCUAACCCUGCUGCAUCUUCUAAAAUCAGGGUUACACAGUCAGCAUUAUAAUCCUAAUCUCCUCUCUCCCUCCUCAGAUGAAAGGUUUGGCUCUUAGCAACUCUGAAGUGAUCCGACAAGUUCACAACAGCUUUGCCAGGUAAGCUCCCGCUCAUAUCACAUCCAGCUGGAGAGGCUCCGUUUGAUUGGCUUCACGUUAUUUUUAGCUCCUCGCUCCAACCCCGGAGAGAGGUUUUUGGCCCCGUAAUGCACCGGUCUGCUUUUCGAAAAUCAGACUAAUGUGAGACGAGUUCAUCCGGUGGUCACUCCAAAAAAUUUCCAGCUUCUGUCCAUCAGUUAACAGCUUAAAAAACAAGAUAUUUCCCCGCUGAUAUUUACUUGAUUUCUUGAUCAGAGUGAAGAUCAGCCUCCUGACUCGGGGCUGCUCACUGAUUAAACACUGAUGUCUUCCUUUUCAAGUAAAUACAUGUAAAUAAGUUCUGAUUUAGACUCUGAUAUUCUGCGUUUCUCUCUUUGCAGACAGCAAAUGUUUGAAUUUGAUACAAAAUCAUCAGCGAAGGACGAGGACGCCUUUCACUUUGUCAGUUAUGUUCCUGUAAACGGCCGACUAUAUGAGCUGGACGGACUCCGAGAGGGACCGAUUGACCUGGGUAAGCUGGAAACCAGUAUUUGUUAUUGUUCCCUCAUUGCUGUGAGUCUGAAGUCCUGCUGUGCACAGCUGAAAUUUUGUAAAACUGGCCACAGCCCAUUACCCUCUAAAACUGUCUGCAAAACCGUCCACUUAAGGGGAUGUGGAGUGUGACCUUUGUUGCCGUGUUCUCGGACAUCUGCUGUGUUGUUAAUUCUGGCUUUGUUUUUCUGCAGGUGCUUGUAACCAGGACGACUGGAUCAGUGCAGUCCGCCCAGUGAUUGAGAAAAGGAUACAGAAGUGAGUAUCCUUAGAUAUCUGUUAUUCAAGAGCACAGGAACUGGACCUAGCUAUCCUCUGGGUCCUCUGCACUGAAAUCCAGCAGAUAGUAAACAGUGCUGGAGGUGAAGUUGUGCAUGUUGUCUUCAAAGGUCUGACUCCACGACCCUCUGAAAACCCUCAGGGCUCUGUUGAAGACCAAAUCGAGGUUUCUGAAUCAAGGUGUCUAGAUCACCUUUUUUAAUUUUUUAGAUCCUCUUUCAGAGUCUGCUCUGUUUACGUUAUAAAUCAUCAUCAUCAUUGGUAGAUUAUGAAGCAAAACUGACAUAUCUCAGCCCUCUAACAUCAUACAUUACGUACGGUGGAUCACUUUGAACCCGGCUGAGGCCUCCUCGCUCUACAGCCUUUACUCGAGUCCUUUUAUCUCCUGAUCUCCAGAAAGAACGUGUUUCAGUGCCGUUAGGGCGGAGGUCUUAUCAGCUGCAGUUGCAGUCUCAUAAAAGCAGUCUUCUCCAUCAGUGCCUGCUGAGUCGCCUCAGUGAAACUAGGAGUUCUCUGUUGUGUGUUAAGAUCUAAGCUGCUGUAUCACUUUAGUGUUAUUGAACGCAGUUUAACUGCUACCGCCAAAACGUCGCUUUACCCCUGUGUCAGUCAGUCAGUCAGUCUUUAUUUUUAUCGCACUUUUCAUACACAACAUGUAGCAAAAAGUGCUUUACACAGAAAAAAGAAUCAAAGAAUACCCAAAUCUACCCCAACCCAACCCCUCAUUCCCACCCCACGAUCGAUUCCGGAGUGUGCGCACUGAGGAAACGUCAUUUUAAAACUCAAGAGAAGGAAACACUGAAGGAUUAGGUUAAAAUCUAAAAACAAAGAAACAAAGAUAGAUCUGUCUGCCCCUCCAGAUUGAGGGAAAUCUCAGGCAUCUUGUAGCUUACAGGUUCCAUUUGCGCUGUUUCUGACAGCUGAUCAGUCUGAAUGAUCGGGGUGAAAUGAUUGAAUGUCUGAAUCAGCUCAUCUGAGAUUGGCGUUAAGAAAUUCGGGUGUAUUUCUUCAUGUUUUGCUCCAUUUAGAUGAACGUACAUUAAAGUCAAUUGAAUGAAACCUGAAAUCUAAACCAUACUUUGACUUUUCUUAAAAUAUAAGAAUAUAACAUAUUCUGUCUUAGAGUAUAAAAAUCACUCCUCUCGAUCAGCUUUACAGCCUUUUAUUUCUGUAAUUCUGUUCAUUUCCAUUGCUCAGUUUUUGAUAUAGAGGGUGAAAAUAAAGUCUUCGACCUGUGAUACUUUGAUUUUUCUGACAGCCUCUCAUCCUGUCGGUGUAUCAAUUUUAUACUUUGUAAAGCUCUAUUGUUUCCCUCCGCUCAGGUACAGUGAAGGAGAGAUCCGAUUCAACCUAAUGGCCAUCGUGUCAGACAGAAAGAUGAUAUACGAGAGAAAAAUCGCAGAGCUUCAGACCCAGCUCACUGAGGUGAGUGGCAGCAGAGAGAGAGAGAGAGCUGAAUCCGGAGCAGACAUGAAAAAGAAUAAUGCAUUCUUUCACUUUCCACCUGCGGAGGCUACAUCUGAAAUUCAUCGGCUGUCAGCUUUCAAGAGUUGGAGAUCUUAACUGCGCUCGUGUUCACACAGGGGAGAGGAAGAGAGCCGCGCUUUGUUUGCAGCACGACUGACACGCUGAUGUUUGUGGUUUGUGUUUGUGGUUUGGAGUUUAAUGCACCACACAUGAUCGCAGAGAAAUGGAUGGUUUGGAUGAAUUCGCUGCAGAGAAACCAGAUUGAAAUGUGAUCUGCUCAGACAGAGACUCACUUUGACCCCUUUGCACCUGAUUCAGGCUGUAAUGUUGCCCCAAAUUAAAGACCUUUUUCACCGUAUGAGGGAACGAACUCACAGAGGUGCUGAGGUAUCAGUGUAACACCUUUAACACACAUCUGCAGCACUGCAGCAGAGUAAAACAUUCAACCACUGGAGGUCAGUGUUUAACAACAUUUAAGGUUGAUCUUCUCAGGACAUAAAAAAAACCUCAAACAUGUUCAAUUAGCUCCUUUUGAUGAACACUGUAAUCUUUAAUAUUUGUCUCUAAUUAGACUCACACUUGUAGAGCAUCGUCACAGACCUUUCACAAGUCCAACUAAUCAAAACAUCGUUACAAUAACGCAAAUUAAUUAGCUUUUUUAAUUGACCUGUUCGAGCUCAUGCCAAACCCUAACGUGGCUGUUUCAGUUUGAAGGUAUUUCACAACUUCACAGGACUUUUAUUUUGAAGAAUUUGCCAGAAAUGAAGUGUUUUCGUGUGAGGAGUGGAAGUCGCUGCUUCAAUCACGAGUCACAGCCACAGCCUGCUUCUUUUAAUCAUCUCUGACUUAAAGACAGCCCAGCCAUCAGUCCAAAGAAGAUAGAUACGGCGUUCACAGAAAUGCAAAUCCCUGCAGCGCCGACAGGAAAAGGCAGAAGCUGAUCUGAACACAAACACAGGAGCAAGAGUGGAGUUGGUCUACGUUGUUGUCGGUCACAAAUCAACACUAACACAGCAGUUUUACUCUCAAACAGCGACAACAUCAACGUUUGAUUUUAAGUCAAAAUGUGCAAAAAAAAAAACCUAAAAGGUGUUUUUUUAUAUGACAGUUUUCCUCUUCUUCUUUUUCUUCUCCCAGGAUGAACCGAUGGACACGGAUCAGAGCAGCACCUUCCUCAGCUCCAUCCAGUCCGAGAUCGCCAAGUACCAGCUCCUAAUUGAAGAGGAAAACCAGAAACUUAAAAGAUAUAAGGUGCGUUUCUCUUUAACGACAGCACUAAUCUUUCACGAGGCGUUUAUGUUUGGCUCAUAAAUCCACAGCUGGUGUUUUAUUUCUAUGUGUGGAAAAGCCUUUGUAACAAAGCCGUAAACACUUGAUACAGGUGGAGUUUACUGCAGUGUUUCCAGCCGCCUGGAUUCAACCAUUGAAGUUUUUUUUUUUUUUUUUAAUUUAUUGGACCCAUCAGUCAUUCCCACUUUCCGCUCAAUGGUCGGUUUCCUCCAUUUUCUCGCAGAUUGAAAACAUUCGACGAAAGCACAACUACCUUCCUUUCAUCAUGGAGCUGCUGAAGACGUUGGCGGAGUACCAGCAGUUAAUACCCUUGGUGGAGAAGGUAUUUUAUUCUUCAUCCUGUCAUUUCUCACAAGCGUGCGCACUCCCGGCACACAUGACAGCAGAAAUAACACGAUCUCGAUAGGUUAGGUGAGGCUAGGCCGGGGGUGCUUUAUUCGUACUGGAAGGUUUAGGAGAUGUAAACACUUUUAACUGUCAAAUUUGGACAUCAUUAACCGGACAUGGAUAGAUGAAAUAACCUGUCACGAUGGGGAUAGAGCAACAACAGCCAAUUAGUGAGCAGGAUUUUGCAUGCACUCGGAGUGAACUCCCAUCUUUCUCUGCAAAACAUUGUUUGAGCUGCCAGGCGAAGAAAUAGAGCAUCUUGUUAUGUUUUCUCCGCUGUAGCACAACUCUGAGGAUCACGAAUAUACGUGACGUCUUGUCUGGUUCUGCUUUAAACAUGAAGUUCUCUGAGCUUUUAAUUUAAGUAGCUAAUAAGAGAAGUGGAAUUACAGUGUUAAAUUUGUCCACUAGGGGGCAAACAUAAGCUCUAGGUGUUUUUUUAAACUACAGUUGCAGUACUUUGUAGAUUGCAAGUAUUAAUUGAAAUAAAUGUUUUUCUUUCCAGGCGAAGGAGAAACAGAGUGCCAAAAAAGCCCAGGAAGCCAAGUGAACAGAGAAGCCUAAAAUAACACACACACACACAGACGCACACACACACACAUAUACACAGUCCCUCUUUCAUCACUGAGCCACAUACAGAUUCAUCAUCAGUCAUUUUCAUAUUAAUGACCGCCGAUGGUCUGCAGCACUUCUUCACUGUGGCGUCCGGUGAGCUAUCCACACAUUAAGAACUGUGCUGCAGGUGCAGCAGAGAGAGACUGCCCCACAAAAAGCUCUCGACAUUUGUGUGUGCGUGUGUGUGUGAUCGUCUGCUCUAAUGCAUGAUAGAAGGAAACUCGUGCUUAAAUAAUGUUCUGUCUUAUUUUCAUAAUAAAAUGUUUAGAUGUUUGUGAAAUUAUGUUUUCAUGGACAGAUUCAAAAACCUCAGAGAA